UGUUGUAAUGUUUAGGGCCGCCGUCCCCUUUCUAGCGCGUGAAGGCUGGGCUGGUCGUGUCCUCGCCGGGGCUGUCCGCCGCGAUUACGCUGUCGAUGCGGGCUCCUUUGCUGCUUACCCGCGCCACGUCGGCUUGCGCUUCAUUACCUGCUCGGUCGUCGGCACCCGCGCAUGCCCUCGCCUGCUCCUCGUCUGUUCAGGCGCUCGUUCGAAACUGCCGGACGCCACCUUCGCGAUGUGGGCGACCAGCGGACGCGGUCAUUUCGUCAAGGUGGACAACCUGGUACCAGGCGCCGCCGACUAUGUGGCCAACCACAGCGGUCCGCUUCACCCCGUACUCGGGAAGCUUUGUCAGGAGACCCAGAAGCAGCGCUUUCCUGGAAUGAUGAGCGACACAGCGGAGCUUCAAUUCUUCAACAUCUUCCUCAAGGCCAUUGGAGCCAGAAAUUACCUGGAAAUUGGUGUAUUCACCGGUGUAAGUGCAUUAGCAGCUGCCCUGGCGCUUCCACCGGACGGUCGGGUCACCGGACUGGAGGUCAACGAGGAAACCGUCAACGUUGGGAGGCCAUUUUGGAAAGAGGCUGGCGUCGACGGCAAGAUUGACAUCGUCAUUGGUGACGCAAAGAAGUCUCUAGAUGAUCUGAUCGCUCAAGGCAAAUCGAACUUCUUCGACUUCAUUUUCAUCGAUGCUGACAAGAAGUCCGUGGACGAUUACUACGAAAGGAGUCUGCAGCUUGUCAGACGCAAAGGCAUCAUCGCUGUCGACAAUGUCCUGUGGCACACGAGAGUGUUCGACCCAACCGUCAACGACCCCGAGACCGAGGCCAUCCGGCGGCUGAACCGCAAGCUAGCGACCGACGAGCGCGUCGAGAUCAGCUUUGUCACCGUGGGCGACGGCGUCACGUUCACCCUCAAGAAAUGAACGCGCCCGUCGACAACGCCAGCGCCACUCUUAAUACCCCACUCACACUGGGCACUCUCAGAGGUCACAAUCGAGCCUGAUAGGAAUAGAAUUUCUCAAUUAACCCCUUUGCACAAACCGCACAAGGAAGCCAAUUGCGAUCGAGAAUUUUGAUUCCGAUCGAGCUCGAUAACGAUCGAAAGUACCCACCGUGUGUCUAGACGGGGUAAUAUAUGUCCAAACUCCAGGCCUCGCGCCGGUGAUCGAGCUUGGACGGAGGAGGGUCACUGUGGUCGAUUUCCUGUGCACUGAAUGACCAAAUGCGUGCACAAGCACUUUAUCACCGCUGUUAUACAGCGGCUUCGAUAAACUUUGUACAAUACAACAAGAAUAGUGGCGCCGUUUAUCGUGCAUGCG